CAUUAUUUCCAUAUACAAUCUUCUUCUCAUUCUUCCAUUACUCAAUUCACAAACCUCUACAUUUAUUAUAAACCAAAUUCACUCCAAAAAAUCAACAAUCAUAAUUUGUGCAUACUAUCAUUCAAUUCAUCUUUGUUAAAAAAAAAAAUGACGAGAAAAAAUAAUAGCAUGGGAGCGAUGUUGCUACAGAAAGAAAGCUUUCGAAGAACAAAAUUCGGUACCCUUUUGUACUCCGAUCCAAUCAGUGACCACGAAGAAAGCAGUAACAAUUCCGCUCGCAGCAGCAAUGCUUCUUCUGCACCCAGUCCACCUAGAACGUCGUCGUUUAACGGCACAAACACUACUGCUAACAAUUCCCCAAAUUACUUCAUGUCUCCAUGGAACCAAUCAGCUUCGCCUUAUGUAAAAUCUCCAUGGAUUCACCAACCAUUACUCGAUUCCGCGGAAGAAUCAGAAUCCAGCGACUGCAAAAAUGGUCUAAUCGGAUCUCUUGUUAGAGAAGAAGGUCAUAUAUAUUCAUUAGCCGCAUCUGGAGAUUUGCUGUAUACCGGAUCAGACAGCAAAAACAUUCGAGUAUGGAAGAACUUGAAGGAAUAUUCUGGGUUCAAAUGUCAAAGCGGAUUAGUAAAAGCCAUUGUUGUUUACGGAGAUAAAAUAUUCACCGGUCAUCAAGAUGGUAAAAUUCGUGUAUGGAAAUUUUUAGGGAAAAAAAGAAAAGCAUAUAAACGUGUUGGUAGUUUACCUACCGUUAGAGAUUAUUUAAAGAGUUCAAUUAAUCCUAAAGCAUAUGUUGAAGUAAGACGAAAUCGGAAUGUUCCUUGGAUUAAACAUUUUGAUGCGGUUUCCUGUAUGAGUUUGGAUAAAGAGAGAGGAUUGCUUUAUUCUGGAUCUUGGGAUAAAACACUAAAAGUUUGGAGAUUAUCAGAUUCGAAAUGUAUUGAAUCAAUUAAUGCUCAUCAAGAUGCAAUUAAUUCAGUCGUCGUUGGAUUCGACGGGUUGGUUUUCACUGGAUCAGCUGAUGGAACAGUUAAAGCUUGGAGAAGGGAAUUAGUUGGGAAUAACGCAAAGCAUGUUCUUGUGGAAACACUGUUAAAACAGGACAAUGCUGUGACAUCACUGGCCGUAAACGCUGCAGCAGCAACGGUGUAUGCUGGAUCCUCCGAUGGACUAGUGAAUUUCUGGGAGAGGCAAAAGCAUUUUUUGGAGUACGGAGGUGCGCUGAGAGGUCAUAAAUUAGCUGUGCUGUGCGUGGCGGUUGCUGGUAAUUUGGUAUUGAGUGGAUCAGCUGAUAAAUCUAUAUGCGUGUGGAGAAGGGAAGAAGGUGGUAUCCACAGUUGCUUAACGGUGUUAACAGGACACAACGGCCCCGUUAAGUGUUUGACCGUUGAAGAAGAUUCAAAUGGCAGCGACAAUGACAGCGAAGAUGAAGCUCCGGUGGAGAAGAGAAGUGACAAAUAUUGGAGAGUGUAUAGCGGGAGUUUGGACAAUUCCGUGAAGGUUUGGAGACUAUCGGAGAACUGCUUUAGUGGUUUCGAGGAAAUAUAAAAAAAAAUGAUGCAAUUUGAAAAGCAAAUUCAGAAUUAAAAAUUUAAUUAGCCCGCGGAGGAAGUGGUGGGAACGAGCUGCCGAGUAGGAAGUUGAGAUGCGGCUGUGAAUUGCCGUGUAGGGUUGAGUUAUAAUAAAAACAGUUUUCCGUUUCACACGAAGAAAAAACUGUUUUUUUUGUGCCGUUAAAAAAACUGUAGGUGGGGGACCAAUGAGCAUAAAUCUUCAUUACUAAGGAACGUUAAUAUUGAAGCAGAGAGGAACUAACAUUAUUCUAAAUACAUUUAUUAACGUUUUGUUUUUCUCGUUCCCCACAUUUUGGUUGUAAGUUUGGUUGAUGAUUGUCUUGUAUAAGUUGUAAAUUCUAAGCUAGCGUUUGGCCAUAGAUUUCCAAAUAUUCUUGGCAAAUAUUAUUUGAGUGAAAAUUUGAGUGAAAUUUCACCA